AUGUCUACUCGAAAGAACAAAUACGUCACCCCAAACGUGCAGCAUUUCUCACUAGAUCCACGUGGUGGCCACCCUGAUUUGACAUUUCAAUUCAAGCCUACAUGGCAGCCAUUGUGCAGAAAGGAUGCCCCGGCCGCCUCUGAAUAUGAGCCAUACCGGACUCUGCCUCGUAUCCUGAUACCUGUUCCAGGUCACCCCUUACGACCACCCAAGAUGCGCUAUGGGUGGAUCGCCAACACAGACGCUCUCGUCGAACUUGCCAAAGAGCUCGAUUGCGUUGCAAUGUGUCCCCCCCCGGCGACUUACUCGGAUGAUUCCGACGACGAGGAUCUGGGUGACGACGAGGAUCUGGACGACGACGAGGAUUUGGAUGAGGAAGAAAGACGGACUGUGGUCAAAGAAGAAUACGAUAACAGCACGCCGGUCCAGGCAAUCCUAACCUCAAGAUAUAAUCCUGACAGAUUUCCAAGUGAGUCUGAGGGGCAGUACAUGGCCAGACGCGCGGGAUGGGAUGUGUUUAGGACAUUCCAGAGGGUGGUAAACAUUGUGCGAGAGGAGGAACCUGCUGCUCGAGGUACCCUCGCACUGCCCCUCGCGCUCUUCCGCAAUCGCACUCCCUUCAUGAUCUCGGCCUUUUCGAACUACGACCUUACCUCAAAACGACUCCCAGAUGUGAACGAUUUGGACAAGCUGGCGCGCCGGCUGGGUCUGCAGGGAGAGGCUCAGUGGUUCUUGGAUUCAUCAGAUUGGCGAUGGCAUGACAAUGGCCAGCCUUACUGA